GUCUUGGCUGUCCAGGCUUUGGAGGUAUUUUGCCUGGAGAUGAGGCAUCUGGCUGUCCGGUCGCGGGUCCAUCGGGAGGCGGGAUGGCCGACUCAUGUUUGCGGAGGAGAAGAGGCGGUCCCUAUAAAACAGAACCCGCUACAGACCUCACCUGCUGGCGCUUGAGUAACAAAGAGGGUCGUCAGCGAUGGCGUUACACAGCGGAUGGCGAGGGUUGUAACCGGAAGCAGAAUGCGCUAGAAGCCCACUCUCUCGGGCUGGACACGAGUGAAUUCUUCCCAGUCUUACCUCAGGCCUGCACUGCACAGGAGGCGGCCAUGAAGGGGAUGAAAUUAUACUCUCGUCUCCAAGCUGAAGAUGGCCACUGGGCUGGGGACUACGGUGGACCUCUCUUCUUGCUGCCAGGGCUGCUUGUUGUGUGCCAUGUUGCCAAGAUCCCGCUACCUGAAGAGAGCAGGAAGGAAAUGGUGCGCUACUUGCGUUCCGUGCAGCUCCCGGAUGGCGGAUGGGGCCUGCAUAUCGAGGAUACCUCCAAGGUGUUUUGUACGGCUCUCAACUAUGUGGCCUUGCGGCUUUUAGGGGUCAGUUCUGAUGACCCAGAUGCAGUGCGGGCUCGGAACAAUCUCCACAGCAAAGGAGGUGCCGUGGGAAUCCCUUCCUGGGGUAAAUUUUGGCUGGCUGUCUUGAAUGUCUAUAGCUGGGAAGGAAUGAAUACGCUUCUCCCUGAGAUGUGGCUAUUUCCUUCCUGGAUGCCAUGCCACCCUGCCACGCUGUGGUGCCACUGCCGUCAGGUCUACCUGCCCAUGGGCUACUGCUAUGCCACACGCCUUAAAGCGGAAGAGGACGAACUUAUCCUGAGCCUCCGGCAGGAACUGUACAUCGAAGACUAUUCUAGUAUUGACUGGCCGGCACAGAGAAAUAACAUUGCUGCGUGUGACGUCUAUACCCCGCACAGCUGGCUGCUUAACAUUGUCUAUGCAAUAUGCAAUACUUACGAGAGUUACCACAUCAAGACUCUGAGAAACUGGGCGGUAGAAGAACUGUACGACCACAUCAAAGCCGAUGAUCGAUUCACGAAGUGCAUCAGCAUCGGCCCUAUAUCAAAAACCAUCAACAUGUUAGUUCGCUGGUAUGUGGAAGGGGACCAGUCUCCUGUGUUUCGGGAGCACGUCUCCCGGAUCCCUGACUACCUUUGGCUGGGAAUGGAUGGCUUGAAGAUGCAGGGCACCAAUGGGUCGCAGCUUUGGGAUACAGCAUUUGCGGUCCAAGCUUUCCUGGAGGCUGGUGCAGAAAAGAAGCCUGAAUUUACGGCCUGUUUGCAACACGCACACACGUUCUUCAAAAUCUGUCAGAUUCCAGAAAACCCACCUGAUUAUGAGAAGUACUAUCGCCAAAUGAACAAGGGUGGAUUUCCCUUCAGCACUCGUGACUGCGGCUGGAUUGUGGCUGACUGUACAGCGGAAGGGCUGAAGAGCGUGAUGCUGUUGCAGGAAAAAUGCCCGUUCAUAAAAGAGCACAUCCCACCAGAUCGCCUCUUUGACGCUGUCAAUGUGUUGCUGAACAUGCGAAAUGCUGAUGGUGGCUUUUCUACUUACGAAACGAAGCGUGGGGGCUGGCUGUUGGAACUGCUGAACCCUUCUGAGGUCUUCGGUGACAUCAUGAUAGACUACACGUACGUUGAGUGCACCUCGGCCGUGAUGCAGGCACUGAAGCAUUUCCAUGAGAGGUUUCCUGAGCACAGAGCACACGAGAUCAGAGAAACACUCCGGAAAGGUUUGCAGUACUGCCAGAGAGCGCAGAGGCCCGAUGGCUCCUGGGAAGGGAGUUGGGGGGUUUGCAUCACCUAUGGCACCUGGUUUGGUUUGGAAGCGUUUGCCUGUAUGCAGCACACCUAUCAGGACGGAGCUGCCUGUGAGGAAGUUUCACGAGCCUGUGAAUUCUUGGUCUCCAAACAAAUGGAGGAUGGUGGCUGGGGAGAGGACUUUGAGUCUUGUGAACAGCGUCGAUAUGUCCAGAGCGCCACGUCCCAGAUUCACAACACCUGCUGGGCUCUGCUGGGGCUCAUGGCUGUGGGGUAUCCAGAUGUUGGAAUCCUAGAAAGGGGGAUCAAAGUUUUGAUUGACAAGCAGUUGCCCAAUGGGGAUUGGCCUCAGGAGAAUGUUUCUGGAGUAUUCAACAAGACUUGUGCUAUCAGCUACACCUCCUACCGAAACGUCUUCCCUAUUUGGACCCUUGGGCGCUUUUCUCGACUGCACCCUGCCAGCCCCCUUGCUGGCAAGUGUUCGGCUGAGCGGUUAGAGAAUGAAGGAAAAGGAGAUGGGUACAGACUUCCUCCUCACCAUUCCUAAGCCAGCUGCCUGUCUUCCGAAGCAGAUCUCUCUUUGUAGAUUUCUAAAUCAUAGGACUGCUGAGGAUGACUAGAAGACUUUGGGACCCAAAGAAUCAGCGGAAGUCGCGAGUUGAUAGAGAACAUGGAAGGCUUCUCCAUAUUAUGUGUCCUCCCAAAGGUUCUUGCUUUUCCCCCUGCUGUGUACUUGUGUAUACACACAGACGCACACACAAAGUGAGAGAGAGAGUAGGAGAGAGGAGAAAUAGUGUGUGCCUGUUGCUACCCUGUUUCCCCGAAUAUAAGACAUCCCCUGAAAAUAAGACGUACUAGAGGUUUUGCUGAAGUGCGAAAUAGAAGUCAUCCCCCGAAAGAAAGCAUAGCAAAGUUUUUGUUUGGAAGCAUGCCCGAUGAACAGAACACAGAAAAAUAAGACAUCCCUGAAAAUAAGACAUAGCGCAUCUUUGGGAGCAAAAAUUAAUAUAAGACACUGUCUUAUAUUCGGGGAAACACGGUAGCUAUGCAACGUAUGAGUCGUCUUACCAGUGAAAAGGCAGCAUGUAGAAGUUAGUGGGGGUUUCUUGAGGCCCACAGACUGACUCAAAACCAUGUUGUUCUUUAGCUCUUAGUCUGGCUGGGUGCUGUGCAUCGUACACAUUGUUGAACUUUAUUCAUCUGUGGCCUUGUGUGGGGGAUUUCUAUGUACGGUGACAGCCACAGAGUCUAAUUUUUAAAGUAACUGAGGUGAAUAACAAAUAAUUUUUAUCAUGGCGGUAGUCUUUUGUUUUUAACAUUCUCUGCUGCAAUUUUCUUUCUUCCUUUUUUGGGGGGGAAAGUUCAGUUUUCCUCACCUGGUCCUGCCAGGUGACUUACCAUAUGUUCUCCUCACGAAGCAUCCAAGAUGGGUGGAGAGGCUGCCAUUUGCAAAGUUCUGAGGUGGCGGAAUGGACUCUACUACUUCAAACUGCAGGGGGGGCUUCACAUGUUGAAUGCCACCGUAUGGUAGGAGUGCCUUCUAAAUACGUUUUUUUAAAAGUGCAGAAUAGAUACUUUCUAGCAGAGUCGUUUUCUUGCAGGUAGUUCUUUUUUAAAUGGGAGAAGUGUAUUUUCCCGGCCUGUGUCCUGAAGUGGCGAUCUGUCGUUCCUGGAUUCCGAAUGUAGGCAAAGAUUGGGUUUUGUACAUGUCCCACUUUUAAAAAAUCUUGCAAUAAAACAACAUCUUUCGUU